AUGAAUAUGGUUGCAGAUUUGAUUCCAAGAUUUGAUGGAAGGGAGGCCUAUUGGUGGCUGAUCCAGGCUGAGCAAUAUUUUGGGUCAAGAAUGAGUGAAGAGAUGAAGCUUGAGUGGGCUGUUGCAUUUGCAUUGAGAGGAGAUGCUCUUGAUUGGUGGAUUUCUUGGAAGAAGAGUCAUCCAAAUACUUGUUGGUGGAAUUUUGUAAAGGCCAUUCUCAAGAAAUUCCAACCAGAAGUUUGGAAUUGUCUACUGGAGUCUGAAAACGAAACACAGGAAAUCCAAGGCAGCAGUGAAAUUCAAGAACCAAUAGCAUUACCAACUGAAGAAAAGAUUGAUGGUAAAGUUGAUGACUCACAAAUCCAACAAAUCCAACAAUAUAGUGAAAAAGAAGUUUGUAAAGUGGAUAUCAAAUCUGAUUGUGAGAGCGACGAAGUGAAAAAUAUAGAUUCAUUGAUGGCCGCUAGUGAAGCAAAGGUCCAGAGAAGUGACAGAGAGUUGGCUAUUUCAUCACAUGCAAAGUCUAACAAGAAAUUUCCUAAGAUAAAGUCUAGGAACAAGAAAUUUCCACUAGCGGUGCCACUGUGGCCACAACAAGUGGUCACGAGAGGGCUGCCAUUAGCAAGCAAAUUUGAUCCUGGGGGAAAAUUUCUUAUUUCAUAA